AUGAAGACGGUCAUCGACACGAAGAGCCUCGGCAAGCCGAAGGACUUCGACAACAAAGAAGAACACUGGCAGGAGUUUGCGUUCAAGUACGAGAACUGGAUCAGCGGCAUCGAGCCGCAGGAUGAGAUCAGGCACCUCGGGAGGCAGGUGUACGUGUCCCUCGCUCAGAUGCUCACAGGUGAAUCGCUGGAUGUCUUGAGGAAUGGCCGUGAAGAUAAUGGUCUUGAUGCGUGGCGUCGGCUAUGGAGGCGAUGGGAUCCGAAGACGGUCGGACGCAACAGGGCUGCCUACCUCAAGAUAGCUCAGCCAGGCACGGCGAAGACGGUGGAGCAGGCGUCCAAGAUGCUGGAGCAAUGGGAAGCGCAGAUCCGCGACUACGAGUCCAAGAGGAAGAAGGUGGUUGAUGAAGAGCUCAAGUGUGCAGUGUUGACGGAGAUGAUGCCCAAGGAGCUGCGACUUCACCUCCAGCUCAAUGCGAGGACGCUCACGGACUACACCACAAUCAGGCAGGAGGUGCUGUCCUUCCUCGAGGCCAGGAAGAGCCACACCAGUGACGGUUCGGCACCGAUGGAUGUUGAUGCCCUGCAGCGGAAGGGCAAAGACAAGAGCGGCAAGGGUAAGGACAGCAAAGGCAAGGGCAAGGACACGGACAACUCCCACUCCAAGAAGAACGUGACGUGCUGGAACUGCGGCAAGACAGGACACACGAGCAGUGAGUGCUGGACGAAGCCGCAGACAGAUCAUGACAAGAACAAGGCCCGUGGCAAGGGCAAGGACAACAAAGGCAAGGGCAAGGACUCCAAGGGCGACAAGGGCAAAGAUGGCGGAAAGGGGAACUCCCAGAACCACUUCCGGGGCUACUGCGACAAGUGCGGGAAGUGGGGUCAUCGCGGACAAGAUUGCUGGGGUUCCAAGACGACGAACUCGCUGGAGACGAGCAACCAGCCGGAGCCUGAGAUCGGCGGCUUCGACAUCUGCGCGCUCGACGGUUACGGCAAGGACGAGACGGACAAGGACAUGCAGCCCUACAAGGAGGUGAACAGCUACAUGGUCGAGGCGACGGUGGACUCAGGUGCGGCGGUCAGCGUGAUGCCGGUGAGCACGUGCCAGGAGUACAAGGUGAGGCCGAGCGAGGCAUCACGCAGAGGGGUCCGCUAUCGGGCAGCUGGGGGACAGAUGAUCUCGGACCUCGGCACGCGCGUGGUGAACAUCCACGCGGGAGGUCGCAACGGCGGCAAGGCUCGAGUGACGUGCUCGGUGGCCGAGGUGAAGAAGGUGCUCCUGAGCGUGGCCAAGAUGGUGGACCAGGGCAACAGGGUGACGUUCGGCCCGAACGAGGGCGACAGCUACAUCGAGAACAUUGCCACCGGGGUCACUAUCCCCAUCAGGCGUAAGAACGACGUGUAUGUGAUGGACAUGGAGAUCCAGCCGCCGAAGCAGCACGAGAAGUCGAUGAUGCUCGCAGCGGUGGACUCGGCCCAGUCGCUGGGGGGCAGGAGGCAGGCAGCGGCGCCGGGCGAGCCCGGGCCAGGAGCUGAAGAUGGCCGCGUCAUCGAGAUGGAGGCUGACGAGGAGGCAGCGGUGCCCGCGCGGGUCGUCAAGGACCCGGAGGCGCCGACCAAGGAGGAGAUCGAGCAGCACAACAUCGGGCACAUACCGUACAGGAGCUGGCGCAGGCACUGCGUGAUGGGCCGAGGCAGGAGCGCGGCUCACCGCAAGCUCGAGGCGGAGAAGUCGCACGUGAUCCCCACGGUCGGUCACGACUAUGGCUUCCUCGGGCGAGAUGAUAAUCCUGUGAUGCCGAUGUUGGUGGGCAAGAGCUUUCGAACGUUGUGGCUUGGGGCCGCGAUCGUCCCAUGCAAGGGCGACGCGAGCGAGUGCAGUGUUGGGGUCAUGAGUGGCCAGAUCAAGCAGAUGGGACAUUCCAACUUCAUCCACAAGACGGAUCAGGAGUCAGCGUUGAAGGCGCUGAAGGAGUCAGCGCACCAGGCGCUGGGAACUGCGUACAGCGUGGUCUCGGAGGAGGCCCCGCGCGGCAGCAAGGAGUCGAACGGUGCGAUGGAGAACGGCGUGAUGCAGAUCGAGGGCCUGGUGCGGACCCACAGGGACGCGCUGGAGAUCUCGCAGGGCAUCAAGGUCGAGCACGAGUCCGCGCUCGUGCCCUGGCUGGUGCUGUGGGCGGCGUACGUCUACAACCGGUUCUCCAGGGGCGUCAACGGGAAGACACCAUAUGAGAAGACGAAGGGCAAGCCGUUUCGACGUGAGCUACUGCCUUUCGGUGAGCGCAUCUACUGGCUCCCAGCGGACAAGAGCAAGAAGCGUGGCGAUGCGCAGGGCAUGAACAAGUUAGAGAACAAGUGGCGGACGGGACACUUCCUGGGCGUCCAGGAGGGCAGCGACGAGGCGUUCGUCAGUGAUGAGAUUGGCGGCGUCUACCGAGCCAGGAGCAUGAAGAGGCUCCCGGAGGUGAUGCGCAAGUCGCCGGAGACGAUCCUCAAGGUCAAGGGCGCGCCCUGGAAUCGGACGCCAGAGGAUGUGCCUGCGCCUCAAGUACGAGUGGAAGUCGGACGACCAGGUCCACCACCAGACGUGCCGCCGGUGAUCGAGACGCCACCGGAGCCAGCAGUGGUUCGGCGGAGAACGUACGUCACCAAGGCCAUGAUUGAGAAGUACGGUUUCACGCCAGGAUGUCGAGGGUGUGAGGCUUUACUCAUCCACGGCACGACGCACGUGAGUGGAGGUGGAGUUGCGCACUCGGACUUUUGCCGAGCGCGUAUCGAGGCGGCAGGGCAGCGAGCGCCUGCUGCUCCUGCAGCAGCGCCCAGCCCGCCGGCAGUUGCGGAGGGGCCAGCGGGAGGUGCCGCCCAGGCCCCGGAGGCAGCCGAGAGAUCACCUAUGGAGGUGGAGGCGCAGCUGGCACCGCAGGGCAGCAGCGCAGGACCCGCGCAAGGAUCCCAGAUGGAGGAUGUGCGGGGGAGUCAGAAGCGCAGGGCUAGCGAGGAGUUGCAGCAGGAUGAGGUCAGGCAGUACGAGGUGGUCGAGGAGACCAGCGUGCCGACGGCCAGGAUGGACUACCUGGAGGGUGGCAGGAUGCUGAGCGCGCUGGGCUACGACGUCCACGUGAGCGAGGUGUACAACCCGGAGAGGUUCAAGGAGGAGGCCGAGGCGAUGGGUCUUGCCUUCGGCCAUGCCUUCGACCUGCAGCUCCAGAG